AUGCAGAGCAUGCAGAGACGUUUCGGUCGAAUGACUGCCACCAAGUCUGCCGACAACAGUCAAGUGGCCGUCCUUUUAAAGGACUUUGAAGAUGCUGAUAACUUGUUUACCAAGCUAAUCAUUUCUCCCUCCAUCCAGAUUAUCGAAUCGACAAAAGCCUGGCGCGAUGCUUGGGUCUCCAUUGCGACCUUCCAGAGUCGCAUGGCCGAUGAAUUCGAUGGACUAUAUGCGCCCAUCGUCGGCUCAUCCGAGACCGAGACGCGCCAUAUUCCCGAGGAAACCCCCCCUGCGCUCCUUUCACGAACGAACAACCUACGACGCGAAUAUGACGAUCUGCGCGUUGAGCUUGUGCAGGAGCUCAAUGUCGUCGAGCUGCGCAUGUCCCAACCCGCGGAGCAAGCGAAGAGCUACCUAGCUCCAAUGAAGAAGGCUAUCAAGAAGCGCAAUGAUAAAAAGUCGGAUGUUGAACGUUUCCAAACCAAAGUCGAUGGCCUCAUCCAUAAACCAAAACGCACCGACCGGGAAAAUGCCAAUCUCGCCAAGGCAGAAGCAGAACUAUCAAUGGCAAAAGAGGUCUACCAACAAGCAGAUCAAGACCUGCUCCAGCGCCUUCCCACUCUUAUCUCACUUCUCUUCUCCCUCGCCCCAUACAUACUUCGGGCCCAGGUCCAGAUUCAGAACCGCAUGUUGGCACACUACUACACGGUUCUCUCCGGCUUCUGCGACGAUGAAGGAUUCCCUAACCCACCGCCCCCAAUGGACCAAGUCGUCCAAGACUGGGAAUCUGUCUACAGGCCCGCCCAAGCCGACGUCGAGAGUCUAAGCUGUCUAGCCCACGGCAAAGCUCUCCGCCUGUCACAGGCCCACGAGGCUCAAAACAAGCGUCCCUCCAUCGGCGGCCGUAGCAUCAGCACUAUCUCAUCGGCUUCAUCCGUCCGCAGUGGCAACAGUUUGCCCCGAUACGCCGUACCACCUGCAAUGCUUGCACCCAAGCCGUGUGCGGCAGAUAUGCGGUCCCCAUCACCAAGCUCAUCAAUGAUGACACCGCCUAUCUCCGUUGGCAGCUCGUCGAGCACGCCGCCACUUCCCUCGGGAGGGGACUCGUACGCGCCUCCUCCUCAGGUAGCUCCAACACCAAGUCCAUACAUCCAACCCGCCGCCCAACCAACGGGUGUCUCAUUCUCGCCUGCAGGCCCGAACAUUGAUCACUUCCAGCUCCACCGCCAGACCACCUCAAGCACCAUCUCCAGCGCUGGAACCGAGCCCUUUGCCAUGGCGGCGCUCAAAAAGAAGAAACCUCCACCACCACCCCGACCCGUGAACUUUGUUACGGCCCUGUACGAUUUUGACGGGCAGGGUGCUGGCGAUCUUGUCUUCCGAGAGGGCGAUCGGAUUCGCGUGAUACAGAAGACGAACAGCACGGAUGACUGGUGGGAAGGCGAGUUACGGGGUGUCCAGGGAGCGUUCCCUGCGAAUUAUGUCAAGUGA